GAGACCCGACUCCAUGCUUGUUUACUUACAGGUGUGCACCGUUCAGUUCAAUGUGGCUUACUUCCAAUUAAGAGUGCAUAGGAUUGCAGCCUAGUUGGGCUAUUGAAGCAUGAGUUUUUCUUAGGUGGAAGCAUCAAAUACCUGAAACAGAGCCACCGUGCUUCCAGGCUGAUCUGCAGAAUGCGCAUGGGGACCAUGGCUCAUGAGCCUGCACCAUGUACUGUCAAGAGCCCAGUAACACUCCAAGUGGGAGAUAUGAGGACUGAGCUAGGACGGUCUGGUGUUGUGGUGAUUGACGUUGUACUCCCACACUCGCAAGCUGUUGAUUUGCAGGAGAUUGUAUUCAAGAACUACUACACAGCCUUUUUGACUCUGCGAGUGCAGCGCCGAAGCCCUGCAGAUGGUGGGAAUGAGAGCCCUUCCAAAUGGGUUACCUGCCUGCGGAAUUUCUGCCUGAUGCCCAACCCACAUACAGAGGAAGGCUCCCAGGAGUACUUCUCUCUCUCCAGACAUCAGAUGCUUUGCGAUGUGGACCGGGUGGCUGCCCUGCGUUUCAUCCUGCGACAACCAUCUCCCGUAUGGCUGCAUUUCACCAUUGAGGAGCUCCAACUUUUCCCUGGGGGUCAGAAGAGUCCUCAGAAAGGCUUUCCAGCUUGGCUUUCUCACCCAUCUCCUCAGGAGCGGCCAGCAAACCUACAUGAUGAACUCCCAGAUGCUGACAAAGUGUCUUCUGAAGUGCAGCAAAUGUGGGUUCUAACCGAGAUGCUCCAAGCCAGCCAGCCAGCAGCACGGAUUGGACGCUUUGACGUGGAUGGCUCCUAUGAUCUCAAUCUCCUUUCUUAUACUUGAGUUCUGCUGGGGCUGGAAGCGGACAAGGCUCCUAAGAGCUGGACUCGCUGGUUUGCGAGGAUUGGCCUGAGGCAGGAAGAAAUGAUGGACUAAGUCUGUUGCCUUUAUGUUCCAAUCCUUCCCCUAUCUGCUGUUCGGAGGUGGCCUUUUUGGAGGUUCUCCAGUUACACUCUGCCUGGUCUUAUGUGGAGAACGUUCUCACAACCUUGCAUUCUGCACUGGGCUAUGGAAGGUUGGAUUCCCUGAACUGAAGGUGCUUUACCUGGGCUCUUCAUCUCCUCCUCUGCUUUUCCAAACACUGCUCCUUGGCACGUGCUUCCUUUGAGUGUAAAAUCGAGCAUCCUCUUCAAGAAUCCUGUUCUGUGUGAGGGAUGGGUGGGCAGAUAGGCCCUUCGUUUUGGCAAGGGAAUGUCAUGAGGUCACUUGAAAAUGACUAGACUGGGGGAAUUUUGUUUCCAAAUCCAGGUUUGGGACUUCUAGAUAAAUGAAAGUUCAGUUAUGGAUUCCUCUGUUGUGGCUACCUCACUUGCAAUCAAAGUGUAGGCCUUUUUUAAUGCUUAGGUGGCAGUAAGGGAAUCUUCUUGAAGACUUGUUAAGUCCCCUAUUCUCCCUAAAGCAGGAAUGAGGGACCUGUCGCCCUCUAGAUGUUGUUGGACCAUUUCCCAUCAGCCCCAGCCAGCAUUGCCAGUGGGCCAGAAUGAUGGAAGUUGUAGUACAGCAACAUUUGGAGGACCACAAGUCUAUCCCUGUAAAUAGCUUAGCUGAUUGUAGAAAACUAGCCCUGACAUCAUUUAAGUUGGCAAUGGCUGUUGCUGCAAUACUGUAAGUUGUGAUCAGAGAGAAAUAGUGUAGAAUGGAAGUGCUGCUCUGCACUGUGUGUUGAUUUUUCAGUUGAGGCCUGGAGCACCAGGCCGCUUCUAGCAGCUGCAACCAUCGAGAUUUCAAGAAAUAAGCCUUGCAUCAUGCUAGAAAGCUUGAGCGCUAAUGUUCUGGGAAAUCUACCUUCUUGAAAAUUGAGUUGCUUUACGAUUUGCUGUCCCUUAUGUAUUCUUAAACACUUACUUAUUACUCUUCCAUUCCAACUCCUCAGCUAACCAUUGCAUGGUUGUAGAUAAUCCUUUCCUCUCAUUGAAUUGGUAUGCUCAGGCACCAAGUGUUGAGAGCUGGGGUGAAGAGACGUUUGUGGGAGAGGUCUGUCUGUGUUCAGGUGUCUGCUGUGUUAAGAAUCUGUUAGCUGCCUUUGAAAAAUGACUUUCAAGUUUCCAUUGGUAAAGUGAGUCUGAAACUGCCUCUCAAAGGGCUGCUGUGAUGGUUACAAGGAGAAUAUUUGAGCACCUUCCCUGUUCCCAUACUACCUGUUUGAGUAGAAUAGUGCCACAUGGCUUCUAGAUAGAGAGACACUUCCUGCAGUAUAUGCAUGAUUUGUAGUCAUCUGAUGGACCAAGUUGUAGAACAAAAUGAAUUGCUACAGUAAGAUGUGUAGCUCCUUUUUUUUUAUGCUGGACAUUAGAUCUCAGGAGCAACCUUCUACUGUUACCUAUAUCUGUGAAGUUUCCUUUCUGUUAUUUAUUAUGGACUAUUGAUGUUAUUUAUAUCUGUAAAGUACUGCAAUGAUCUUCUACUCCACUGUACUGAAUCAGGGUUAAUGUAUCUAAGUUUUUCCUAGUGGAUGCUUAUCCAGCAUAAAGAGAUCAUAAAUAA